AUGCUAGUUGUGAUAAUUCCCAUCGUUGGACUGUGGACUUGGUACAGUGCCAGACUUUUCAUCGGCGGUGAGUCUUGCCAUUCUCCGCAUCAAGCUACAACUCAUCAAAGAGGCAAGUUUAUUCACUCCCUUGACUUAUCUUCUUUCAAAUUUUUGUGUUAUCAUUCUUCUUCCUGUCCUUGCACAUCUACCCUCUUGUCACACUCCCGUCCUAUUACACCUUCAUUCUUGCUUAUAUUCUCCUCCUCAAGAGGCGUGCCAUUGUCACCGCACUUGUUGUUUUCCUACCCGCCUCCCAUUCGAGUGGCUGAUCCGAUUCGGGCCUCCCAUCCGGACCUCCUUCAUAGGCCUGUGGAUUCUCUUCUUAUCUUUCUGGUUGGCAGAUUUCAGCCGGUUCCAGUCCCAAACUACGUUUUAUUCCGGGCGCUAUUUCUCAAACCUUCAGUAGCACGCGAACAGUCGCCACACCGAGCAUAG